CACAGUCUUAGAGAGCAACCCGGCAUCCACCGGAAAGGCUUUGACAUCUUGAGGUUUGCUUUAUGGUUUCUCGCCUGGGGUCAGUCUGCAGCCUCAACUGUUUGGCUGAAAGCCUCGACAGCAUGUCGGGCCCUUUCAAACUCAGCAGCCUGGGCAGGAUCUGCGGCAGCACGCACAGCAAUGAAAUGGUGGUCAUGGACCGGGUCAAGAGGAAGAACUCCGUCAGGCGUAUGUCGAUUAUUGAGGACGGGGAACUUGCGGAGGUCCUCUACCUUAUCCCCAAACAGUCCAUGAUGGAUCAGCUGCCCUUCCUCAACCCCAACGACUACAUCCUGUGUGAGAAGUUGGCCAGUAUACCUGCAGAGAUGUCAGUGCUACCCACUUCGGAUGGCGGCAAUGCGAGCCCCUCAGCGGGGGGGCGGUGCAUCCAGUGUUUCAGAUGUGGGAAGCCGUGCAAGGGAGAGGUGCUGCGAGUUCAGGCCAACCACUUCCACGUAAAGUGCUUCACCUGCAAGGUGUGCGGCUGUGACUUGGCCCAGAGUGGCUUCUUCAUGAAGAACGGGGACUUCCUCUGCCCACUGGACUUCCAGAGGCUUCACGGCACGCUCUGCAACAACUGCAGGGAGUUCGUGGAGGGCGAGGUGGUCACGGUCCUGGGGAAGACCUACCACCCAGCCUGCUUUGUGUGCACCGUUUGCAAACGUGCCUUUCCUGCGGGGGAGUGUGUCACCUUCAGUGGAAAAGACUGCUUCUGUCAGCGCUGCAUUCGACCCGUCUCUCCUGCUCCCAACGACGUCAGCUAUCCGAAUAACUGCUCUGGCUGUGGUAGAGACAUCAAAAAUGGCCAGGCUCUCUUAGCUCUGGGCGGCCAGUGGCACCUCGGCUGCUUCAAGUGUAAAGCCUGCCGGAAAGUUCUGAGCGGGGAAUACAUCACCAAGGAUGGCGUUCCCUAUUGCGAGCGGGACUACCAGAUUCAGUUUGGGGUACAGUGUGAAGCAUGUCACAAGUUCAUAACUGGGAAAGUCCUCGAGGCAGGGGACAAACACUAUCACCCCACCUGUGCAAGAUGCAGCCGGUGUGACAAACUGUUCACAGAAGGCGACGAAAUGUAUCUGCAAGGAUCAACAGUUUGGCACCCGCACUGCAGAGACAGCAGCAGAACGGAGGACAAUUACAGGGUCAGCAGACCAAAAACACCAUGUCUCGAUUUCUUUUACCCCCCACACGAACUGAAGCCCGGCAGAUCUUCAUCUGAAAGCUCCUGCUCCAGGCCGGGUUCAUGCACUCCAGGGAGUCCUGGUCGCACCAUCUGUGCAAAAGUAGACAAUGAGGUCAUUGAUUACCGAGACUUAGCAGCAAUUCCCAGAGUCAAGGCUAUAUAUGAUAUAGAGCAUCCUGAUAUGAUAUCUUAUAAGUCUGUGAGCGACAACCCCUCUACUGUGGACAACAAAGGCAGCAGACAGGACAGGCAGAGCCCUGCAGAGUCACCAGGAAAUGUAUCUGAUAGCACAGAGGAGAGUUUUGAAGUGAUAAGGCGCAUACCAAAGUCUACAAGUAACGGCUGUUUUGGAGUUCACGCAAUGUACAAUCGGCAUAGCUACACUCCGACUCCGUCCAGAUCACCGCAGCACUUCCACCGACCAGGGCUGAUGCUUUCUCCCUCUUUAAUCUCUGGCAACAAUGACUCCUGCCCCACUUCCCCUUUAUGCCACCAUUUCCUUCCCCCCACCAAAGACGAAGGCUUCAACAUGUACAGGAGGCCUCCGAUUUAUAAACAGCAAGAUCCAAAUUCCUCCACAUCCCCGGCAUCCUCUUUGCCUGGAUACGGGCGCAAUGGCCUCAAUCCGCCUCGGUCAGCUGAUUUCUCUCAUUACAGCGGUGACAGAUUCAGAGACUUUAAGCUCAUCCAUGACGGUCUGCAUCCAUUAGCAGGAAUGGAGAGAGGAGUGUCUAUGCCUAAUUUGUUGGAACCAAAAGUCUACCCAUAUGAGAUGCUCACGGUUGCUAACAGGGGACGAGCGAAGCUUCCCAGGGAUGUUGACAGAACAAGACUCGAGCGCCACCUAUCCCCGGAUUCGUUCUUUGAGAUCUUUGGCAUGGAGAUUCAAGAGUUUGACAGACUCCCACUGUGGAAACGGAAUGACAUCAAGAGGAAGGCAAAUCUCUUCUAAACGCUGCCUGAUGCAUGUUUGAGCUCAUUGUUAAUAUGCAGUACAUGUUAAGUUUUGAUCACCCCUUAUGCUUAUUUCUUUGCAAACUGUGUCUCCUCAGCAGCACAAUAUUUUUGUUUCCCCAUUUGAUUCUGUAGGCUAUUGUAGUGAAUAGUGCUUAAAUUAUAUUACCUCAAAGCAAAUAUGAACAUGAGAACUCAAUUUAUCUAUAGUAAAUUACAUUUUUUUUUUUUUUGUCUUUCCCAAGUCAGCCCUGUCCCCCCACGUAUUACGUUCAUAUUGGACGAUUCAACUGAGACUAUUCAUGCCCACUCAUCGUGCAGCAGGCAGUGUGAUUUUUAAUAACAUUUUAAUAACAUGGCGGAUGGCGCAGGUGGUGGAAAACAUUGGGUGAUGAUCAGCACCAACAUUACUUAAAAGAACUAAUGGUUAAGGUUGAAUUACAAUAUUGUAUCAAUAUCUAGUUUAAAGAUGCAAUAUGUAAGAAUUGGUCACCUGUUGCCGUUAGCUAGUCAGCUCAGUUAGCCGUGUAGCUAGCAGUCAAGACUCAGAGCUCAAGGCACCAGAAAAGUGUUUUCAGCUAGCAGAGGAUAUUUGGACCAGGUUUAGCCAGGGCUCGCUGGUUAGCAUGCUAAACAUCCCUUGAAACACAAAACAUAGAUGCCACAGAUUUCACCCAUGUUGUCACUGCUACUCCCACCACAUAAUGUAUUUUUAUUACUCACUUUGUCGCCUGCUGGUUACACAAAUGUUUAAGCACAAAACUGAAAACAGAAGAUUUUUUUGUGAGCUGUAUUUUUAUGUCACUAAAUAAUCACUGAAAUGUGCUUUAUCGGACUGUUGAAGGAAUAUUUAAGAUGACUGUCAUGACUUAGCUGCGUAAAUACGACUGUAUGUGUUACCCUGACAAUGCUGUACCAGCACACCACCUCAAGCGCCCUAAAUAAAGUCUUGCACUUCUUACAAGUUUAGUAAAUGGUUGUCUUUUUAUUGACAGAAUAGAUCACACUGUGCAUAUACAAUGAGUGUUUAGGCAAUAUUUUUCUGACUAUCAAGUAGCUGAGAUCUUAAUUAAUCCCUGACUUUCCUGUCGUCCCGUUAAAAUCAGGAGACAGAUGGCCCAGACUGUGAUAAACUGCUUUAUGAGAGACAAGCAGAGAACACAUUUUCAAGACACCUUGCCAAAUGCGUCUGUGUUUGUAUAGUGCAAAUAGAUAAGCUACCCGCAGUGUCAUAAAAUGAAUGUAGUAUUAAGAUUUUACAAUGUUACACACUGAGUUAAGACAACAGGCGCUGUGCCAGCACACUGCAAAGCAUUUUCGAAACAUCACAACGUUGAGCAACACGUCAUAUUUUCACUCAGAAAAACAGCCGCAUGGUGGAAGAUUUGCAAAACUCCCCGACUGAACUUCACCUGCUAUCCAUAACUCAUGCUUACCCAUUGGAUUGGGCUCUGACAUAUUUUUACAAUGUGUUUUCUUUUCUUGUUUUCCAUUUCUUAACGUGACCCAACCACGAGCCAUUGGACAUGUAAGACCAACAGAUGGUGCUGUGGAGCCUGGAAUUAAAUAAUCCCUAAUAGGUUGCUCUCCAUAUUUAAAUUUCACAUUUAACAGACUUUGUUUAAGCUUGAAAUUUGAACAAUAUAGCUGAGGUGUUCUAUUUCUUUACUUGUUUCUAUCAAAAUGCCAUUCAGUAGUAAUGGUGGUAUGAAAAUAACAAUCCCAAGCAAGAUAGACUGGGUAAUGUGCGCAAAUUAAAUCAUCAUAAUUUAGCAAAUGUAUACAUUCUUUUAAAGGAGCACUAUCUAGUUUUGGGGAAUACAUAUUAAUCAGAAGAAAAAGAUCUUGAUUUCUGCCUAUAUACAUUAAAUAAAAAAAACUUCAAUUUCAACACUGAACAGACAA